UAAGUUUACGACAGAGAAAAAAACCGUAAUGCUUGGUCAAUUUUUGGCAGACAAAAACACUGUUUGAUCACGCUAAGAGGAUGAAAACCUGGCUUUCUUGUAAUUUAAUUAUUUUAUUUUUCGUUGUUUUUCCUUCACAGUUAUUUAAUUUCAUUUACAUAUGACUGACACCCUCGCUCUCCCUGACAAAAAAAAAUAUAUAUAUAAUCUAAACUAAAAACAAAUAUUCCAAUCAUUAUUGAUCGACGGAGUUUAAUAUUUUCCAUUAAGAAGUCGAAAAGUGUCUUUUGAUAGUUUUCACCACGACGCCGUUUUAAUGAUUGUUCAUGUACACAAAGGUUAAGACGAAUAAAUUUCCCUGAAAGUUCUUUAAAGUUUUUGUCACCAACUCCUGAUUUAAAACCGUUUCAUGAGUCGAUAUCCAAAUUGUCAUAACUGCUCUCCAUACAUUUCUUGGAGUACCACCUGAAAAAAUAAUCUUUUGGAGAACUUUUCUUGUACUUCAUAAAGCGCCAUGUGGAGUUGCCGAGUUGAAUUGGAUGCAAAAUGCGAUUUAAGACUAGGGUGAAAUGAGGAAUAACGUUCGCUUUCCGUUCAACCAAAAGUUCCGGUUUGAUUUGCCGGAAAUUUCCAGCGGCGGGUGGGACUGUUGAGUGGAAGAUUAGCCUGAAUUAUGAUAAAGAGGACUACUUCGCGAGGUAUAACCAACUUAUUUUUGCAAAAUAUAUUUCCGGUAAGUUCUGUUCCAAUUGAAUGGUUCACAUUUCGGAAAUUCUCCCUUGAUGAUAAUUUCCGUUCUAUUUUCCCACUGUUCGAAAGAGCAAGGUUAAAUUUCAGCCGAAGGAAAUUAAUGUAUGCUUUUCUUAAGUCGCAGUGUGAAGUUCGAGGCUAAGCGACUUUAAUCAAGUGAUGGUUAAUUACUGAAAAAUAAAAUGGGAUCAAAUCUUAGGAAAAUCAAGUCAGCAGCUGAGGUCAAGUCAACCGAGUUCGAGGUAGCGGGGAUCUUCUGUAUAAAUAACAACUUAAAUUGUCGUUUUAUUUUGUAUAAACAACGGUUAGUUCCCGAUGAAUACAUCUGAACUGAAACCAUCUGCGUGAAAAGCAAUUUAGUAAGCGGAAAAAAAAUAACGGCUGUAGAAGGAUCUACACUGCUGGGUCUUAGCGUUCAGUUACCUUGCUUUUCGCUGAAGCAAACAGAAACAAAGAAUUAGUCUCUUUGCUGUUAUCAUUUAUGGAAAAAGGUAGAUGACAUUUUUCAGUUGAUAAUAUCGAACGCAGCCAGCGAGGAUGAAUGACACCGGGAAAGACAACAAUGGAUCAGCAGACCAUCACUCAGACAACGAAGACCAAGCAAGCUCCAAUACUAUUUUCAAGAUAAUCUGCCUUCUCAAUGUUCCACUGAUGCUCAUUUCCAUUCUGGGUAACGCUGUGGUAUUGGCCGCCAUCAAAAGAACGCCAUCUGUUCGCUCAACGUCCGUGAUUUUGCUCAGCAGUCUCGCUGUUUCGGACCUCCUGGUUGGUGUUAUUGGUCAACCGAUAUAUAUUGCUGAUCUACUGACAAACUACAGUUUUAUCUCUAAACUGGCGAUAAUGGUAGGGUUCUCUGUAUGUACAGUUUCCCUCCUCACAAUAACAGCUAUUAGCGUUGAUCGACUUUUAGCAGUUCACUUUCACCUCCGAUAUCCUACUUUAGCGACAAAAUCCCGUGUAAAAUACAUUUUGGGAAUGAUUUGGUUGAUCAGCUUCGUCUUAUCGGGUUUCGACCUAUGGAAUAAACGCGUCUAUCACCUCUUGGUAGCCCCAGUGAUCUUCAUUUGUCUGAUAAUUUCCACAUGUUGUUAUAUCAGAAUUUCUCAAAUUGUCCGCCGUCAUCAGUCAGAGAUUCAGGCUCAACAACGUUCAGUGCAAAACAACAACGAUGAAGGAGACGGUGCCCAUGUGGUAGAAUUAAGAAGAAGUGUCAUGAGCGCUUUUGUAUUCUACAUCGCUUUAAUUAUAUGCUAUAGUCCGGCGUACAGUUUGUUAACUCUCAAUGGAAUCUCGGAAACGAGAUAUGCGUGGCAACCAGAAUGGAACUUUGCUACCACUGUAAUAUUCGUCAACUCAGCAGUCAAUCCAUUUCUGUAUUUUUGGCGUCUUCCCAAGCUUCGAAAAGNUAUUGCUGAUCUACUGACAAACUACAGUUUUAUCUCUAAACUGGCGAUAAUGGACAUCUUUCUUGCUGUCUUAACAAUUGCUGAUCGAAGGAAUAUGAAGUUCUUUGUUUACUUCUUCAUCUCUUUGGGUCUGGCGAUGUCAUUUCCUCAACCUUCAGACCGUGAAGCUGAGGAUCUGGAAAGGCAGAUGGCCGUUGAACGGAAAUGUCAGAUGAUCUUUGGCAACACCGCUGGAGGUGUUGGCCAACAGGGAACCAACUCAGGGUAUGUUGCUGUUGGGUAUCAGUUGAACGGCAAACGUCAGAUGACCUUUGGCAACACCGUUGGUAGUGUUGGUCAACGGGGAACCAACUCAGGGUAUGUUGCUGUUGGGCAUCAGUUGAACGGCAAACAUCAGAUGACCUUUAGCGCCACCGGCGGCAAUGUUGGCCAACAGGGAACCAACUCAGGGUAUGUUGCUGUUGGGUAUCAGUUGAACGGCAAGCGUCAGAUGACCUUUGGCAACACCGCUGGUAGUGUUGGUCAACAGGGAUCUAACUCGGGGAAUGUUGCUGUUGGGCAUCAGCGGAACGGCCGAAAAUGA